UCCUCUAACACGGCGUGUUUAUGUGUAUAUGUAAAGUAUUUGCCAGUGUACACGAUAGAAAUAUGGAAUGAUAAUAUCCUCAUCACCUGGAAAGCAAUGAUGUCCUCAUCUUUCGACACUAGGAUCACGAAAUUCAUCGCCUUCAAUGAGGCCACAUUCAUCUGGAGUACUCAGAGAGGGCCUAGAUUUGAUACGAUGUGGUCGCCCCGCAAUAACUUCUGCAACUUUGUUUUACUUCUCAGCGUCCCAACGAUAAUAAGAGAAGCGAUGCAAAAGGAAGAAGAAAAUAAUUUCUUCUUUUUGGACACACUCCUUCAGGAGUUUAUCUUGUGCCCUUCCAGUACACCUGUCAAGCAUACACUACAGUUCUACAUGACGUAG